AUGAAGCACACGCCAAUGAAGUCUUCCAAGAUGGCCAGCUCUAGUGAAGAAGAUCUGAGCACUCUUGUACUGUUGCGUGGCAUGGCACAAGGUAACAUCACGCGCAUCAAGAACAUCUUGACCCAAGCCCAAGCGGACCAGGCUGAGCUGCCUUCCGCUCAAGUGAAAGUGUACGUGAAGAAAGUGGAAGGUGCCUACAACGAGUACCAUCAGCACCACCAGCAGAUAGUGGCGAUUCUUCCUUCGAACAAGAAGGAGGAACAGAACGAGAAGUUCCUGCAAUUCGAGACGUUGCACGAAGAGGUGUCCAUCAUGCUCGAGACCCUUCUCGAGGCUCAAGCCGCACCACCUGCGGCGCAACAAGUGCAGCCACCGGCGAACCAACAACCGUUGGUCAUCCAGCAAUCUCUUCCUCGUGCCAUCCCCACCUUCGACGGGAGGUACGAGAAUUGGGAACGGUUCAAGAUCAUGUUCCGUGAUGCAGUCGACCGUACCAACGAAGCACCUCGAAUCAAGCUGUAUCACCUUGAGAAGGCCCUCGUCGGUGAUGCGGCGGGAAUCAUAGACGUGAAGACGAUUGCCGAUGGAAACUACGCCCACGCCUGGGAGUUACUGGAGGAAAGGUUCGAGGAUCAGCGACGAAUGAUCGACAUCCAUAUUGCUGGACUGCUCGGAGUGAAGAAACUUUCGAAGGAGGAUUUCGGUGAGUUGCGUUCCUUGGUCGAGUCUACCACUAGUCACGUGGAAAACUUGAAGUUCCUUAACCAAGAGUUCACCGGCGUCUCUGAGCUCAUUGUCGUCCACCUGAUCGCACGUGCACUGGAUCCUACCACGAAGAAGUUGUGGGAGUCGACGAUAAAGCGAGGAGAACUCCCAAACUACGAAGACACCAUACAGUUCCUGAAAGACCGCGUCUCAGUUCUGGAGAGAUGCCGCGAUACGGAUGAAGAAGCCAAGGGACAGCGUACAUCGGCGAAACCAGCUACGAGGAAGCAGGCGUUUCCCAAUGCCAACGCAGCGACAGCUCCUCCAUCAGCGGAUCAGCGGUGCACCAUUUGUGAUGAAAGCCAUGUUACGUACAAAUGCUCUGUGUUCAACGGCUUGAGUGUGAGUGAUCGACUGACCAAAGUCAAACAGAAGAACGUGUGCUACAACUGCUUGAGAAGUGGACAUAGCGUGAAGAACUGUCCAUCGAAGAAGUCGUGCUCCAAGUGCAACAAGCGGCACCACACCCUGCUCCAUUUGGAAGGUGGUGCAAUCUCGUCGCAGCCUGCGAAUGAAAAUUCAGCGAAUGGAGUUCCAGGAUCAGCCCAACCAACGGCGUCGGCUGUCAGACAGCAGUCGGCCGAGAACCAGCCAUCAGUGACAGCAGCGCAUUCCAACAACCCGGUGAACCCAGCGAGCCAGGUGGUGUUGCUCACUGCCCUUGUCAACGUUAUGGACCAUCAACAGCGGCCUCGUGUGUGCAAAGCCCUGCUAGACUGCGGAUCUCAGUGGAAGAACGAUUUCUCUUUCAUGGUGAAUUGUUUGGUCUCGCCGAAGAUUACUGGUCAGGUUCCGUCGGUUAAGAUAAAUUUGGAGAAUUGGGAACUUCCUCAAGGUCUCAGACUGGCUGAUCCAUCCUUCCAUGAACCUAGCCACGUUGAUUUGCUCAUUGGGAUGGACUGGUUCUAUGACAUUAUGAAACCAGGGUGUUUGAAAAUAGACGAUAAUCUCCCUAGCCUUCACGACUCUAAGCUUGGUUGGUUAGUCGGGGGCAAGUUGCUUGACUGUUCUUCCAAUCUUGUGCUGAAUUCCUGUGCCGUUCGAAUUGAUCCCAUUGAAGAACUAGUGCAGAAAUUUUGGGAAGUUGAAGGUGUGUCUCCGGAGGUGGUUCUGUCCAGUGAGGAAGAGCAGUGUGAAUCGCAUUUCGCAUCAACCCAUCGUCGAGACGACAGCGGUCGUUUCAUCGUUCACCUCCCAUUGAAGGACAACGCAUCUCAACUAUCGGAUUCCCGUACCAUGGCCUUGCGACGAUUUUUCAUGCUGGAGUCUAAACUACAACGUCAUCCAGAUUUAAAAGCCCAGUAUGAUGCCUUCAUGGACGAGUACGAAUCUCUUGGGCACUGCCGGGAGGUCCAAGAACGCGACGAUCCUCCUGGAGUUCUGAAGUGGUAUCUUCCCCACCAUGCCGUCCUCCGCCCAUCGAACACAACUACAAAAUGCCGGGUGGUAUUCGACGCAUCUGCAAAGGUGGCCGGAUUGUCCCUCAACGAUGUUUUGAUGACCGGAUACAACGUUCAGAGCGAUUUGUUGUCUAUCAUCCUACGGUUCCGGAGGUAUCGAUACGUUAUGAGCGCCGAUGUAGCCAAAAUGUACCGCCAAGUUGCCGUAGAUCCCGCUUUCACUCCACUACAACGGAUUUUUUGGAGAAAGUCGCCCCAAGACCCACUACGUGUUCUCGAACUAACUACUGUGACAUACGGAACGGCCUCAGCCCCUUUCUUGGCCACGCGAUCUCUGCUGCAACUUGCACGGGAUGAACGAGAAACCUUUCCGCUCGCUUCCGCCGUUGUCGAGAAAAAUGUCUACAUAGACGAUGCUCUUUUUGGUUCCGACGAUUUCCUACAAGCAUGUGAGCUUCGAGAUCAGCUGAUAGCCUUGCUCCAGUCCGGUGGAAUGCACCUUCACAAGUGGUCAUCCAACACUAGUCAACUCCUAUCGCCCAUUCCCAGUGAAGAUCGAGACAGCUGCGCAUCUUUCAGCGAAAGUGGCCUCAACGAGGUCAUCAAAACUUUGGGAUUGAUGUGGAAUCCUUCCACAGACGAGUUCUUGUUCCGAUCAUCCCCUUCAGAAAAGGCCAGCAGACCCACAAAGCGUCAAGUCCUGUCCAAGAUUGCCAAGAUUUACGAUCCGCUCGGACUUAUUUCUCCAGUGGUGGUACUGGCAAAAAUAGUCAUGCAGAAAUUGUGGAUCAGCAAGCUGAAUUGGGAUGAUCCGUUAGACGAUACCCUCCUGAACGAGUGGGAGAACUUUCUGAUGUCACUGCCAACUUCGGAGCAAAUUCGCAUUCCACGCCAUGUGUUAUCGAACAAGGCGGCGCGGUACGAAUUGCACGGAUUCGCGGACGCGUCCCAGAAGGCGUAUGGGGCAUGCGUGUAUGUUCGCUCAAUAUUCCCUGAUGGCACCGCAUCGACGAAGUUGGUCAGCGCUAAGUCUAAAAUUGCACCGAUUUCACCCCUGACAAUCCCUCGAAAGGAAUUACUAGCAGCCCUUCUUUUGUCAAGAUUGAUUAGUAAGGUCGAAGCAGCGUUGGAGAUGAGCUUCAGUUCCAUCGUUCUCUGGUCGGAUAGUCAAGUUGUAUUGGCAUGGUUACACAAACCGCUUGGCAAUCUCCAAACCUUCGUCCGCCACAGAGUUACAGAGAUCACAUCGAAUACUAGUCACGUUUGGAAAUAUGUUCGCACGGAUCAGAACCCCGCCGAUACUGUAUCUCGAGGACAGUCUGCAAGAGAGUUAGCUAACAACGAGCAAUGGUGGAAUGGUCCUCAGUUUUUGUGCUUCGUGGAUUACCCAGAAGAGCGGCCACAGUCACUCCAAGAUUGCGAAAUUCCCGAACUCAGGGUUGAGCUAGCUGCACUGUCGGUCAUGAACUACGAGGAAUUCCCUGUGUUGACAAAGUUUGCUUCGUUCCGGAAAUGCCAACGGAUUGUUGCCUACAUGCUACGCUUCAUUUCGAACGCUCGAAAGAAGCAGGCCGACCGAGUGAUGUCCCGGUAUCUCACUAUUCCUGAGCUACGGGCGGCAUCAAAUUUGAUCGUUGGAGCCAUUCAGCAUCAGGAGUUUGCCAAGGAGAUCGAGUGUGUACGAGCAGACGAACCCAACCAUCGUCUGAACAAUUUGAAACCAUUUCUCGACGAGGAUUUACUGCGGGUUGGAGGUAGACUUGGUCAGUCUCAGCUUCCAUUCGGAGUGAAACACCAGCUAAUAUUGCCAAGCAACAACCCCAUCGUACACGGUUUGAUAAACGACGUCCAUCGAGAGAAUCACCAUGCCGGAAACUCCAUGGUACAAUACCUUUUGCGACAACAUUUCUGGUUGAUCAACGCGAGAUCGACAAUUCGGAAGGUGCUGAGAACCUGCAUUACCUGCUUCCGGACGAAUCCUACCACGAUUGAUCAGCAGAUGGGAAACCUACCAUCGUAUCGGAUUAACCCAGCGCCAGUCUUCGAGAGAGUUGGGCUUGACUUUGCCGGACCAAUCUACGUCAAGCAGUCAGUUCGAAAGGCGACUCCGGUAAAGGGCUACAUCUGUGUCUUCAUCUGUAUGGUGACAAAGGCCAUGCAUCUGGAAGCCGUGGAAGAUCUGUCCACUGACUCGUUCCUUGCGGCUUUUCAACGAUUCGUGUCCAGACGAGGAUAUCCGAAGGAAGUCUUCUCCGAUAACGGGACCAAUUUCAUCGGAGCAAGGUCAGCAUUGCAGGAGCUCUAUCGGCUAUUCAAGGAGGAGACCACCCAGAACAAGAUCUUCGAGUAUUGCCAAGCAAAGCAGAUCGUUUGGAAGACCAUCCCCCCAAAUGCGCCACAUUUCGGAGGACUUUGGGAGGCCGGUGUGAAAAGUGUUAAAACAGUGCUCAAAAAGGUUUACCAAUCCACCUCCCUAACACUCUCCGGAUUAUCCACCCUGUUGUGCCAGAUUGAAGCAAUCCUCAACUCGAGACCACUUUAUUCCCAAUCUAACGAUCCGACGGAACCUGAAGCGUUGACCCCUGGACAUUUUAUUGCCAACCGUCCACUAUUAGCAAUUCCCGAACCGUCUGUAGUAGGUAUCCCGACCAAUCGUUUGUCCCACUGGCAGCACAUACAACAGCUUCGCGAACACUUCUGGAAACGAUGGUCGAGAGAGUAUCUCACCGAAUUACAAGUGCGAGGCAAAUGGACCAAACAGAAGGUAAACAUCCAACCGGGAAUGGUUGUUCUCCUGAAGGAUGACAAUUUGCCCCCACAGUGCUGGAAUCUGGGCCGGGUAGAAAGGGUACACCCGGGAGCCGAUAACCUGGUAAGAGUGGUAGACGUUCGAACGAAGACUGGUACAUUUAGACGACCUAUACAUAAGCUUGCGCCUUUGCCUAUUUUGGACAAUGAUCCAAAUUUCCAAACUUCCACUUUUUGCCGGGGGGAGAAUGUUCAGUUCGACAGCAGCCAAACUGAAGAAGCGUCUAGCAGUGGCGGCGACAGUUUGCACCACGAGAGCUCCGCCCAUCCAACCAACGACGAACGAACGACGACGACGAAGCGAGUGCUGAACAGCAAAGCGGCGAUAAUAAAAUUGACGACCGAACAGCGAUCAGCGUCAGAAUUAUUUCAUCCGUCGUCGAGACUACCACACAGCAGCGAAGCCGAAGCGAAGGGAGCUAUAGCACGUGAAGACCGCAUGAGACAGCAAGCAGAGCCGACCGACGCGACGUGGCUAGUUUGCCAGUCAAAGUUUUUUUCCGAUCGUGACACCGACGAUCAGAGAGCCGCCUCGGAGUUCAUACUCUCGCUUUUCCUGGACUUCGGAGAAACCGUAGGCGAUCAAGCUCUCAACGAAGCCACAGAAGUUGUGACCGCCAUUCCACUGUUACAAAGUGCGGCCACUUCAUCAACAGACGGUAACCCGGCUGUCGCCGCUUCGCGACACGUUAACCCAGGCCCAGACUGCCAUCGAGUGGGCCGCACUCCCGGCCUUCGGAACCAUCUCGUCGAGCGCCUGCGGCGCGCUUGCCCACGAAGCCUUUUGAACGCGGACAUUUUCCGUGACAGCCUCAGCCAGUACCCCUUGACCCUCGGCGUGCCGUCUGGUGAUCCCAAACAGAUUUUCCGCCAUCCCGGCCGGUAUUGUGGUCGAUCUCGAGCUCCCUGGGUCGUUUUAGGAGCGGGCCAUCACUGCCGUUGCCGUUUGCAUCCGUCGCUCGUACCACGUGUCACCGAGUUCUAUAGCAAACGCUCCCGAUCACCGCAAGUAUCUCCAGUAACCGCUUCGCUCACCCUCAGCGGCCGAAGAAGGGGUUUUCUGCCAUUCCUGUAG